AUGGCUUCUUCCUCUACUCAUAGCUUCCUGCUGCUUUUCCCCCUCCUACUGCUCCUCUCCACGGUCGUCGACUCCGGUAGCGCGCCAACCCCAGCCCCUGCAGCUACAGCAGAAAAGUACCAGAAAUGGUGCCAAGUAGCAUCGGAUUCUCAGUCGUGCAUCAAGGUGAUUGAGUCCAUCCCUGGGAUCCAGGAGGUUGAUUACAAUAACGCUAGCAAGGUCGCCGACUUGUGCAUGCAUUUUGCUGCCAAUAAGACAACGGAGGCCAAGGGAGCUGCUGACACCUUGCUUGCUGCAGCAAAGGGCAAGCCUUCCAGUUGCCUCAAGGCCUGCGCCACCGACAUCAAGUCAAUGGCCGAGGUGUUGGUCAAUCUCCCUGCUGGGCAGGACGACAUGAACGCCUAUCUCACCUUUAAGGAUGUCAGAGCCAAGUUUAAAGACGAGAAACCACCAGCCUGCGAGAAGGACUGCUGGAACAAGACGUCAUCGUCUUCAGCUGACGAGACCGGCAUCGUGGACAAGUUCCAUGAUAUCUGGAAUGUGGCCAAAGUUGGGAAUAUGCAGAUUAAUUAUAUCUUCCCAUGGCCAGACAGCGACGACGACGAUAACAUCCUUUAA